AUGGCCCUCCCCCACGUCGCCUUCCUAACGGCCUCAUCACUGCUGCUGCUACUCCUCGCAACCGCAGCCGAAACUGCCUCGGCAUCCAACGCCGGCGCCGGCGCCGGUGCCGACCUCUCGGCCCUCCUCGCCUUCAAGGCCCAGGUGGCCGACCCUAGCGGCGUCCUCCGCGGCAACUGGACGGCCGCCACGCCCUACUGCACCUGGGCCGGCGUCUCCUGCGGCCACCGCCACAGGCUGCGGGUCACGGCCCUGGGGCUCCCCGGCAUCCCGCUGGCCGGCGCCCUGGCACCCGAGCUCGGCAACCUGUCCUUCCUCUCCACCCUCGACCUCAGCAACGCCCAGCUCACGGGGGGCGUUCCGGCCUCUCUUGGGAAGCUGGCACGCCUCACAUAUCUCAAUCUUUCGAGCAACUUCCUUUCAAACCCUGUUCCGGCCUCUCUCGGCAACCUUGCCGGGCUUCAAGUUCUCGACCUUCACUCCAACAACCUUACCGGUGAGAUCCCAAACGAGCUGCACAAUCUGCAGAGCAUCGUGUAUCUUGAUCUAAGUAGGAACGAGCUGAGCGGGCCGGUGCCGCAGGGCUUGUUCAACGGCACGUCGUCCCAGCUGAGCUACCUGAGCCUUGCACGCAACAGCCUGACGGGGAACAUCCCUAGCGCCAUUGGUAUCUCGCCAAACCUUCAGGUCCUCGAUCUGUCGAGGAACCAGCUUUCAGGGGAGAUACCACCCUCACUGUUCAACAUGUCUAGUCUGCUAGGAUUGUACCUGUCCUACAACAACCUCUCAGGGCUGGUGCCGAGCAACCGGAGCUUCCAUCUUCCCAUGUUGCAACGCGUGAAACUCCACGCAAACAAUCUCGGCGGCACGGUGCCCCCGGGCUUUGGGGCUUGCAAGUACCUGCAGCUGUUCAAUCUGGCCUACAACCGCUUCACCGGUGGGAUACCGUUGUGGUUGGCGUCCUUGCCGGAGUUGACGGUCAUCUCGCUCGGUGGUAACGACCUUUCCGGCGAGAUCCCCGCCGGCUUGAGCAAUCUUACCGGUCUCACUGUACUAGACUUCACCACUAGUAACCUCCACGGGAAGAUCCCGCCGGAGUUGGGGAAGCUCACGCAGCUGCAGUGGCUGAACCUCGAAAUGAACAACUUGGCAGGUACCAUUCCAACCUCCAUCAAAAACAUGUCCAUGAUCUCCAUCCUUGACGUAUCCUACAAUUUACUUACUGGACCUGUGCCACGAAUUUUCUUGGGGGAAUCUCUUACUGAGCUCUACAUUGCCGGGAACGAGCUCAGUGGAGAUCUCAGUUUCAUGACUGACUUGUCGAGAUCCAAGAGCCUCAGAUACAUCGUCAUGGAGAGAAAUUACUUUACCGGCAGUAUCCCCAACUCUAUUAGCAAUCUCUCGUCCCUUCAAAUCUUUAGAGCAUUUGAGAACCAAAUAACAGGGCACAUCCCAGAUAUGCUCGCAAAUCAGAGCAGUAUCUGGUUCCUUGAUCUUCGCAACAACCUAUUAAGCGGGGAAAUUCCGAUAUCAGUUACGGAAAUAAAGAAUCUCAAAGCUCUUGACUUGUCUAGCAAUGAGUUGUCUGGGACUAUCCCCGUACACAUUGGAAAAUUAGCAAACCUGUUUGGCUUGGGCCUGGCCAACAACAAGCUUCAUGGCCCUAUACCAGAUAGCAUUGGAAAUCUGAGCAACCUGCAAAUCUUAGAAUUAUCAAACAACCGGUUCACUUCAACAAUUCCCAUGGGGCUAUGGGGCAUUCAGAACAUCGAGAAGCUUGAUCUGUCUGGAAACGCCUUGAACGGCGCUUUGUCGUAA